AUGGCUCCAAUUACGCCGAUUAACGUCUUACCAAAAUUAGCACCAGACAGUGAAACUCUUUCUCCAAGGACAUCACAUGAAUGGAAGGUGGCUCUGCAUGGAAUUAAGCUACAGUAUCUUCGACGGAAAUACAAGCAGUGUGCAGCCCGUGCCAGCAGGCUGCUGGAUACAGCAACGAGACCAAUUCAUCCCGUCUACAAGACCUAUCUCCAAUUCUACCUCGCCAUCUCGUACGAAAUGCUGGGCCGAGCAGCUCACCAUUAUGCCAGCAGCAAGCUUCCACUUCUCCAGCUGUCAUUGGACCAUCUCAUGGCGUGCAACGUGUCGCUUCCCCCUCUCAUACCGGUCCCAGAGGGCAGUCCGGAGUCUGCAUCCGGGUCUUCAGACGCGUGGACCUCUCCUGCUUCGUCUGAAGACACGGAGGGCGCCUUUACGACCGAGGAUGUCGUUGGCUCUGUUUCCCGCAUGAUCGACUUGUCGAUGGAAUCUCCGUUUCUGGCAGAGGACGAUCCCUUCAUCUCCCUUGAGACGCUCGAUGAAGAAGCUGCAAGUUGUUCCUUUGAGCUCCCCAAACGGAGUCUCAGUCUGAAAAAGCUCAUGCCAUCACCAUUGCGAAUCCGCAAAGUCAGUCAAAACCAAGAUGCUGUUCCACCAGCUAAGGAGGCUGUAAAGUCCACUGGGUCACCUGCUCCACGAGUCAAAACCCGAGCCCAACCUUUCUCUCUUCCACUGAAGAUAAUCGCGUCUUGGAACUCGUGUGACGAGUCCAGCUUCCAAUUGGAAAGAGAAGAGCCCCAAUUGAAAAGCACGCGCAAGUCGACAUCGAAUAAAGGAACGACGAACCGCGGCGAUAUGACCUUCACACCUCGACGUGUCAAAGCAAUCCGUCGAUACAACAACUUGAUCCUGAGCUUUGGCGCACAACUCCGUUCCAAUAUCGCAACAGUAUCCGCCCUCAUCGCGAACGUGACGGAGCUGCAACACAUCCAUCGAACGAGCCGAUGUCCCCGCACGAGGUCAUUCUGGAGCUUUCGACCGGUUGAAACACGACAAAAGGACCAAGAUGAUAACUGCUCUCGUCUGCGUUCAGACCUGCCGUGUGUCAAUUCUUUCUCCUUUGCGAUUCCGGGCGCCCUGCUCGACGAAACCAAGGAACAGCGCAUCUCACGUCUGCGGUCAGAAUGUUGGAAGACGGUGGGGCUGAAAAACCCGCGUCGCGGAUGGAAGGGGAGAGAGUACUACGAGAGGUUUUGCUCUCAAGUUCUGGAUGAUUUUGACUAG